AUGGGUGGGCCCUCAAAUGCGGCACCGGAGGCUGAUCCUCCGCAAGCUUCUUAUGCACCACCUAUGCCGCCUGUGGGAUUUGAUAACCCAAUUCCAACAUACCCAGGUUCUUCCGGGUACAAUCCUUAUGGAGACCCGUCGGGAUAUCCUUUGGGCUAUGGAACUCAUGACCCAUAUCUUACGGCUGCGCAGUAUCAUCACCUUUACCCUUCUUCUUACCCCCCUAUGCCUCCAACUGACUACCCUAUUCAGGGUUAUCAGUAUCCUCCGUACCAGCCACCUCCUUCCCAGCAACUACAGCAGCAGCAACAAAAUCAGGAAAUCUUGGAGAGGUUGGACAAGGUUGAACAGAAGACCAAGAAGAACAAGGAGAGGCACAAUAGCUUCAUGAAGGGCCUUGCCAACCUUAUCAAGGGGAAGAAGAAAUAG